AUGGUCAAACUGUGUGUACUUUGUGCCAAGCGAAGAGCCGUUUUAAAGCGACCCAAAACUGGUCAGCAAAUCUGUCAAGAGUGUUUUUACUAUGUGUUUGAGACCGAGAUCCACCAUACAAUCCAAGAUACCAAUCUUUUUCAAAGAGGCGAGCGAGUAGCUAUUGGUGCUAGUGGUGGCAAAGAUUCCACUGUGCUUGCUCACAUUAUGAAGACAUUGAACGAUCGCUACGACUAUGGAUUGGAUUUGUAUCUACUUUCUGUGGAUGAAGGCAUUACAGGCUACAGAGACGAUUCAUUGGAGACAGUUAAGCGCAACCAACAACAAUACGAGCUUCCCCUAAAGAUUGUAUCCUACCAUGAGCUGUAUGGCUGGAGCAUGGAUGAAAUUGUCAGAGAAGUGGGUAGAAAGAACAAUUGUACCUACUGCGGUGUGUUUAGACGUCAAGCAUUGGAUCGAGGCGCUGUCAUGUUGGGUGUGAAUCAUAUUGUCACUGGCCAUAAUGCGGAUGAUAUUGCAGAGACUAUUUUGAUGAACAUCUUCCGUGGUGAUAUUGCAAGACUGGGUAGAUGUACCGAAAUCGUCACUCAAGGCGAGAGCAACAUCAAGAGAUCAAAGCCAUUCAAGUACACUUACGAAAAGGAGAUUGUCAUGUAUGCUUAUUUCAAAAAACUGGAUUACUUUUCCACCGAAUGUAUAUAUUCCCCCAAUGCCUACCGUGGUAAUGCUCGUACAUUUUUGAAGGAUUUGGAGGCUAUUCGACCCAGUGCUAUUGUUGACAUCAUCAAAUCUGGAGAGGCAUUUGAAGUCAAAUCUGGCACCAAGAUGCCUACACAAAAGACCUGCGAGCGUUGUGGAUACAUGUCUUCCAACUUAUUAUGUAAGGCUUGUUUGUUAUUGGAAGGUCUCAACAGAGGCUUACCUCAAAUGGGUAUUGGCAAGGAAUCCAAGGCACGCCGUGAGGAGAGGGAAAAGAACGCAACUGAGAACAAGGACAGAACAGCAACAGCAGUAAAGGUUACUCACUUUUCCGAGAUCCAAAGAGACGAAGAUCAGCCUCAACUGGUUCAACCCAAAAACCCAGAGGAUGUGUAUACACCACCUCCACGAGUGCCUGGAGGUAUCUUGCACGAUGCCAACUUACAGAAAAAGGAUGUUUCUUGGUAG